GAAACAGAGAAAAAAAGUCUCAAUUUUGUAGAGAUUGAAUCGAAUUCCUACAAAACUAUGCGAUUCGCUUCCUCUCAUCGUCGGAGCUGAAGAUGAACCCCGCUGCUCAGAAGAAAACCCGCGACCGCGACUCCUCGCCGUUGUCCAUUCUCCUCUUCAGUUUGAUCGGCGCCACCGCCACCACCGUCGCGGUUUUUCGGUUGCGCAGGGCUAUUAAUCACUUCUACAAUCAGGUAAGGUCAAACUCAUCUUCAUCAUGGAAUACAACAGGCAGUUCAACCCGUGGAAGCUUCAGGGAGGAAUCUUGGAAUAGAUUUAAUCGGCGGAUGCAAGAUGAAUAUGAGGAGGAAAUGGAGAGAGUGGAGCGAAUAAGGCGUAUGCAAAGUGUUUUCAAUAGAGCGAGGAGCAAGCAGAACAAGGAAUAUGAGAGUUGGAGAGAAAGUGGCCCUGGUCCAUAUCAACAUUUUCAAAGGGAUGACUGGUACUGGAAGUCAGAUCCAUCUUACAAAAAUCACGGAACCAAUUACAGAUCCACCAUGAAAGACACUGGAAACUAUGCAAUGUCACAUCACUAUUCAGUACUUGGUCUUGACAGGGCACGGGUAGAACCAUACUCAGACGCAGAGAUAAAGACGGCUUUCAGGGCAAAAGCAAUGGAGUUCCACCCAGAUCAAAACCAGGGCAAUAAAGAACAAGCUGAGGCGAAGUUCAAAGAAGUUAUGGCGUCAUAUGAAGCGAUAAAGUUGGAACGAAAAAACGGCAGCUGUUGAUUCCAUUCGACUUUGUAGCAAAAGAGGAAUGCAUACGACUACCCGCAUUUUUUUUUUUUUCUUUUUUCUUUUUUUAUCUAGAGCUAAUUGUUCUGCGAUCAUCUCCGGGACAAGUCCUAGAUAGUUUUGAGCUGUUUUCUGAAAUUUUAUUUGAUGGUCAUCGAAGGCUUUAAAGCUCUAUCUGCAGUUUGUAUAUCAUAAUCUUUUGUUUCUUUUAACCAUCCUACUCAUGUAAAAUACAAAGAUAAAUCAUUUUAAGUAAAACCAGAAAUAAAAUAAA